CCACUACAAUGGAACAACGUCUGAGGUGUUUCAGAAGGGCGGAGAGAUCGAUUUCAUCCAGGCUGCGAGCUGGGGAGUCGCUCGCCAUGUCGACUCUUCGCGGGAGAAAUGGACCAAAACCACCCCGAAGCGGCUCCCUUGGCAAUUCCACCCUGGUCUAUUUCGCUCGCGUCCUCAUGCGGCUGUCGGCCAGAGAGGCCCGGAGCCCAGCCUCCCCCGCCCACCCGGGCCCCAACCAGAGUCCGAUCCCGAUCUUCCGAGAGCGUCGAUCCUCGGGAUCCCGGAGCCCGACCUGCGCGGAUCUCCAAGCCCGAAGCCGCGAUUUGCCAGAAGGUGGAAAUCCGGGAGAUGUGAGCUCCGUCUCGACAUCGCCACACCCAAAACCUGCGCGUGCCGCAAUUCCCCACGGAAAUGACCGAAUUGAAAAGCGAAGCUUUCUUCCUGAGUGCAGUAGCUCGGAGGCUUCAGGUGACUCCCAGACCGACAGUAAUUGGCAGACACACUGCCGCCCAACCCAGCGUCUCCUUCUCUGCGGCUUUUCCGCGGUGACCUACCUGGAGAGAUGGAGAAAGUUUGGCUCUGGGAGAGAAAGACGUGACAAGAUAGCGAUUUGACUUCGCUCGGUUUGUUUUGUUUGGUGUUUGGGUUUUUCUGUUUGUUUGUUUGUUUGUUUGUUUCUGUUGUUUUUGUUCCACUCAAAAGCGGGGUAUUUGCAGUGGUAACAGGACUUUCUUUAUCAAAAGUGUAAAGUCACUUCCCCAACCCCCCGCUCAGCCCUUCCUCUCCCUUGGUUUGACCACACAGAACACGUUGAAAGAAAACAUUAAUGCUGAACUCUU